UAUCACAUGUUGAAGGCCAUCCCUUGGCAAUUGAAACAAUUGGAUCAUCUUUGUUUGGCCGAAGUUUGUCACAAUGGAAAAGUGUAUUGGAAGGGCUAAAAGAAAAUAAAAGUAAAAAUAUUAUGGAUAUUUUGCGCAUAAGUUAUAUUCAACUGGAAGAAAAAUACAAACAAACUUUUUUAGAUAUUGCUUGCUUCUUCAAUUCUUAUCAUGAAGAAUGUGUGAAGGAAAUUCUAAAUUUCCGUGGAUUUCAUCCUGAAGAUAGCAUAGAAGUUCUCAUUGAUAAAUCACUCAUUAGCAGAACUUUCCAUGGGUUCAUACAUAUGCAUAGCUUGCUAGUGGAUUUGGGCAGGUGUAUUGUUCGGGAAGUAUCACCUAAAGAGCCUAUAAAGUGGAGUAGGUUGUGGACACGCAAAGAUCUCCAUGAUGCUAUGUCAGAGAACGAGGCAACUCGAAACCUUGAGGCAAUAGUUAUUAAAUGGGACGAUGUUAUAGAUGAAACAAUCAAGGCGGAUGGUCUAUCAAAAAUUAAACACCUGAAAUUGCUUUCUGUUCGGUACGUGAACUUUUCGGGAAGUCUCAGUCAUCUUUCGAAUGAACUAGGAUAUCUUGUUUGGUCUGGAUAUCCGUUUGAGUGUUUGCCUCAAAGUUUUCAGCCACACAAACUAGUUGAGUUAAGCCUGUAUCAGAGCAGUAUUAAACGACUGUGGGAAGGCACAAAGCCGUUACCCAAUUUGAAGCGUUUGGAUCUCUCUUUUUGCGAAAGUUUAGUUGAGAUGCCAGAUGUAGCAGAGGCCCUAAAUCUUGAAGAGAUAAAUCUUGAAGGAUGCGUAAAGCUCCAAAAACUCAAUCCAUCGAUUGGGAGUCUGAGAGAGCUUGUUCAUUUGAAUUUGAGAGACUGCAAAAAAGUAGUAAUCUUAUCCAAUACUAUAUUGGGCCUGAGUUCUCUUAAAUAUCUGGAUGUCAGUGGUUGUUCAAUAAUAGGUAGUAAUUGUUUACUAGAUGAAACAAGGAACACAGAGCACUUGAUCAGCUGUUUGUCGCCCUCCUCUCCUCUCUCUUGUUUGUGUGAACUCGAUCUAAGCUUCUGUAACUUAGUUCAAAUUCCUGAUUACAUUGGAAAGUUACGUUGCUUAGAGAGGCUAAAUUUAGAGGGAAACAAUUUUGUUAAAUUGCCUAACAUCAAGGACCUUUUGAGACUGCGUUUUUUAAACCUACAGGAUUGCAAGCGAUUGAAAUACUUGCCUGAUCUCCCUUCACGAACUGUCUUGCCCUUAGAACCUUUCACGCUGUCGAGAUUCCCAUCUUCAAUACUUGAUUGGCCUGAUUUUUUGACUGAGAAAGAUACAGAUAUUAGAUUUGCAGGAUUAAUCAUUUUCGGCUGCCCAGAAUUAGUUGAGAUUGAACAGUGCACUACAAAGAGUUUUUCAUGGGCAAUUCAAAUUCUUGAGGCGAACUACCACCACGCGACCUACCACCAGACGACCUACCAAUGGCCAUUCCCAGAAAGUAUUAUACCUGGAAGUCAAAUACCGAGCUUGUUCAACAAUGAGUUUGUGAACGUGGACAUAGAAUACCUGGACAAAGAAAACAUAACCGUUGAUCCACCUCCCAUUCCGCAUGACAAUAAUUUUAUUGGUGUUUUGUGUUGCCUAAUAUUUCGUCUAGACAAUGAACAAAUUCCAAUGGAUUUUAGAAGAGAUCACAUGUGGUUACAUUAUGAAAAGGUUUCUGUGGACGAACGUGGUAUUAAACCUUUUAGUUUGUGUUGGACGUCGAUUAUCUCAUUGUUGGAUUACGACGAUUUUGUUACGGCGGAUGUGAAGAAAUUUCAGUAUCGCUGGGUAAAUGAACAAGACCUAAUUAACCUCAAAAUGAUGCAUUGUGCAAAUUUGACAGCUCGGAAGCGCAAGAUUUCUGUAAUUGAGGAAAACGGUUAGGUACCGUAUUUAAGUUGCAACCCAUCACAGUGAAGAAUUGAAGACUUUAUUGAACGUGGAAUGUGGAAGUAUGAUUUGCUACCAUCUAACCAGAGAGGCACAGUAGAAGCAGAAGUAGCACUGAGUUCAAAUUUCCCUUGAAUGGAAAAUGAUACUUUAACAACCAAUUUAACAACCAGUUUAACAGUUAGGUGUCAAAAUGUCACUGAUCCACAUGAAAAUUAAAUUAAAAAAAAAAAAUGACGUGGAAAGAAAAAUGGGGACAGGAUUUCAAUUGUUAGGGUUUCAUUUGUCAUUUCAAACUUGGAUUCUAAGGCAACCUUAUAAAGAGAACCCUAGAGAAAAGGACUUCCCUCUCACCGGCGCUGCUCACCGGGUGAACAUUGUUCGCCCUUCCAAGAUUUGAUUGCAAUGACCACCGAAAAAGUGAGCGUUUUCACGAUUCCGUAGUCAUUUGACUGUUUGUUUGGAACUCUUUAGUUGUUGUUCGUGUCAUGGAGGAAUUUGGUGAACAGAGUAAAGCUUUUCAUACGAGGAAGAAGGUGUGUUCUUAGUCACCCUGAUGUUGUUGCCCUUAAAGAAUGGAUUAGCACAAAAGGUUUUUUCACUAAGGAAAGCUUUAUCCCAAAAUUGCAUAUUCCAUGUGAUGAAGAAAUUCAUUUUGCAAAUGAGCUAAUAGACAUUCACUUCGAGUCAGCUUUGGAUGAUCAAUUGAAAAUAUGUCAGUCUAAAAUCCAUGCAGACCAAGACAUAUUGGGAUGGUAGUGUUGCAUGAAGGAAGUUCUUAAUUGUUAUAUUGAAUGUGAUUUGUCACGCAGGGAUGAGAAAGAGCACUUGAAAGUGACUCUUCUACGUAUUGAAUCAACAUUGCAAGGACUUUUUUCAUGUUUGCCUGACUUUGUUCCAAACUCUAGAAAUGGAAUGAAUGAAGAUUCAAAGAAUCUGUUUUUAAUUGUUGGGGCAACAGGUUGUACUGUUGGCAGUACUGUUAUGAGAGAAAAGACUACUGAGAUUAUACAUAUAUAGCCUGCAAGUAAGGAUUAUGCUAUGCUGAUGUACAUUGUUUCUUUAACUUAUGUUGAUGUUCACAAAUCCUGAUAAUUUUUUUUAUUAAGAGAUAUGUCCAUGGAGAAAAAAAAUCAGAUGACAACAUUCUGUUGAUACUAAUUAUUCGCAUCAUUGAUGCUUUAGGAAACUAUGGUACCAACUUCUGUGUCUGAAUAAGUUCAAAUAUACUCUGUAUAGUUUGUAUAUGCACCGGCUAAUUUUGUUUCAUUCCCUUUUUUUCCGCAGAGAGUUUGGAAUUUGUUGAUCAACACUACUUUGACUUGCAAUAAUUCGUUUGGUUUUGUCAUCAUUUUGUGAUAUCAAACUCAAGGUACAAUAGUCAAGUAACAAAAUUCUCUAAGGGUGUUAAACUGGAUUGGUAUCAAUAUUGGUGAGAAUUUCAUCAGAAGUAUUUUGGCUAAGGUGGUUGUUGUUGAUGUUGGGGUCUCUAAAGAAGGGCUUUCUUAUGUGAUGGUGAAAGAAGUAGUUCAAAAUAUGGUGUACAAUUUAAGAAGCAAAAUACAGUACAGAAGGAGGAAUUAAUUUGUGUUGUAGAAGAAUAAAUUCGGGUUAUUGUCGAACUUGAAAGUAGUAUUCAUAAUGUAAGAAAGUUGGUUGAAGAGAAACAUGAAAAUCUGGGUACAAAAAGGUGUGGAUAAAGCGUUUUAUGGAAAUGAAGAUCCUUGUCAAAGUAUGUCGAUUCAACAUGAUUACCAAAGUUCGGGGUUUGAAAGCCACACUAAAAUGAAGGAAAACACAACUACAAAAAGGAAGGGCAUUACCGAAGGUCAUAAUCCCUCGGAAACAGCCAGAAGUCGUCGAUAAUGACCUUUUAUCAACAGUUUAUCGACGGUCAGAUUACCGUCCGUAAAUUCCUUGUCGCUAACAUUUACCGACGGCCUUUUCCCCUCGGUAAUUACUGAAGGGCGAAAACCUUCAGUAAUUACCAAAAGGACAAAAGCCUGGGCUGAAAAAAAAGUAUAAACUUAAUCUAGAACCAUGGAUCCAGCAACAAACUUACAUUUUAAAUGUUACUUACUAACAACCAUGUCUACACUCCAUUCAUACAAAGGACGGCCCAUACCCAUUUUUCAAUAACUUUAAUUAGAAGAGAAUAUUGAAGGCAAACCUCUAGGGCCAUCCAGAAUGUUGUUCCCUUGCAUGAUUUAACAUCAUUCAAUUUGAU